CGCCACUCCUGGCAACUCUGUUGAGCGGUGAGUCAUCUGGCAGCGCCGCUGAAACAGACGCACUUGUUGAGUCGCGCCUGUGCAUUUUAGCGGCUCUUUCGCUCAGGGGCAAAGAGCGACCCUCCAUCCUCAAAACGGAACCAAACCAAACAUGCAAUAAGGAUAUUCGCGUGAAUCCCAGUCAGAUUUACUCACCGUUUCAUCUCCCGUCUCCAGGACAAGUGUUUUUGAUGUCUACACACCGACUGCCUCUCUGGGCAUAUUUACAUGCUCUAAUGGGUUAUGUGGUCAUCAUACUGACUUCCCUGCCAGAAUUCAGCAAAGGUCAGAACUGUUCUCACCCGAUUAUCCAUGAACAUGGUGGCUUCUACUGUAAGCCUUCUCCAUGUCGGGGUUUUCCUCUAAGGAGUCGUAUCUACUACUUCUGUGAGUCGGGAUAUGUCCUGCCAACACGUAUCCACCACUCCACCUGCCGCAAAGGCCAAUGGGACCCCAGUAUCCCCAAGUGCAUACUUAACACAGCUGGACAUACAAAAUAUGAAGACAGAGUGACCAAUUCUGUCCCGAGUGUGGCUACAACUGCUGUGGGUGUUUCCAUCUUCCUUCUCACCACCACAGCCUGCAUGGUUAUCAAGUCUCGACUCUACCCAUGUCAAUCUCAUAGGCGAUCGUCUGAUCAGUUGGACUUGAUGGUGGACGGCUUGCCUGUGUCUCUGCCCACCUAUGAGGAGGCGGUGUACGGAAGUUGGGGUCAGCGCAUCCCACCUUUACGUGGACCCACUCAGCUCUUGCUGGCCUCAUCAGAGAACAGUCCAUUAUCAUCACUCAUCCAGUCAGGUUCCAGUAACUGUACAGACACUUCUAAUCAGAGCACAGAGGAGCCGCCACCUUACAAUGAGAUACAGCAACGGUCUGUGGAUGCAGGAAAUGAAGGAGAAGCGCGGGCCUUGCACAUUGCACUUUCUGUUGAAAAGGACAACUGACUUUUGGGUGUGUGAGCUCACCUUCAGCUUAUUGAUUGUUAGUUCUCUUGCCAUUGCUUCAAGCCUAACAGUGUAGGUCAAUGUCUGCUUCAAAGGUUUUUAAUUAAACAUGUUUUCAGCCUUUAUUUUAUAUGAAUGAAACUGGUGGGCUUUGGGGAGUUAGAUGUUUAGCAAGCAGGCGACUGCGUGUGAUGUGCAUGGUGAUAUUGAUUGUGUCUGUUUUCAGUGGUGCUGGAGACAUGUUUAAUGUUGCCCUCAGUGAGGAGACUAGAUCACAAUAGUCUUGUGGACUGUAAUAACACAGACUUUACCCCAGAGGAUUGUGGCUUUCUGUUAAAUGACUACAACUUCCACAUGGUUGAUGUUGAGUAAAUAAAUGAAAGUAAGUCCAGCAGAACUGUGGGACUGGUGGUGUCACCUUACUAUGCCAAGGUGGAAGAACGGCUCAUUUCUGCCCUGUGAGAGGCUUGUCAUGUAUCCAUGUUUCUGUUUAUCUGUUUUGUAUCUGUUGUCAUUUAAUUACGACAGCUGCCAAAAGCUCUUAUUUAUCAGGUGGAGUAAAGGGUAUAUAUGAGGUUCUCUAUCUCACUUAAUUAUUUUCUUCAUUAUUAAACAUUAUGAAACUUGAAUUUCAACAUUAGUAAACCUAGUAAACUUUAGUAUGUUAAUAAGCAGGGGGGCACGGUGGCUUAGUGGUUAGCACAUUCGCCUCACACCUCCAGGGUUGGGGGUUCGAUUCCCACCUCCGCCUUGUGUGUGUGUAGUUUGCAGGUUCUCCCCGUGCCUCGGGGGUUUCCUCCGGGUACUCCGGUUUCCUCCCCCGGUCCAAAGACAUGCAUGGUAGGUUGAUUGGCAUCUCUGGAAAAUUGUCCGUAGUGUGUGAUUGUGUGAGUGAAUGAGAGUGUGUGUGUGCCCUGCGAUGGGUUGGCACGCCGUCCAGGGUGUAUCCUGCCUUGAUGCCCGAUGACGCCUGAGAUAGGCACAGGCUCCCCGUGACCCGAGAAGAUCGGAUAAGCGGUAGAAAAUGAAUGAAUGUUAAUAAGCAUUUAUGUUGAUAUUUAACUGUUUGUGAAAUACACCCCAAUGCCAAAUGUUAAUUUAGUCUAUAAUUAAAAAUAUGAAGAAAAAAAUAUAGAUUAUCAGCAACUUGCUGAACUCUGGCCCAGGUGUAAAGAUUGCAACCUUCUUUCUGGUAAACAGUCUGAACCAAAUUAAUUAAGGUGUUGGAUCACGUUACCUAUUGUGGAUUUAAUUUGAUGGUAAUAUUAAUAUUUGCAUUAUUAUUUAAUAAAAACAAGUUCAUGGUUUGUUCACAUUAACUAAUGGGUAAAAUAAUGUCAUUUAUGAGGACCUUAGUGUAUAAUAUACAAAUGCAUAAAGUCACAUCUUCCAUCUAAAGCAAUGUUGUGCCUUCUCUCACGCUGAAGAUGGUGUGUAUUUGAGAGCAUGUGCACAUUUGCUUUUUUUCUUUAACUACAAAUGGUAAUUUUUUUUUACAUUUGUAUAUAACAUUUAGAUAUAACAUCUAAUAUAUAUAUAUUGUAAUAUAUAAUAAAGUUGCUAAACCUUUUUGAAUGGAAGAUGAUUAAAGCUAGUUUUCAAAUUGA